UUAAGCAGAAGUUUUCCUGCACUCAGAUUUCAUAUUCUCUUCUCUCUCCAUACAAACCAACAAAGAAGAGAUGCGUAACUUUCAAUCCAAGCCGUUGGAUUUCCUCCUCCAUCUAACUUUCUUUCUUCUUCUACUUUUCCCUACCCUUUCUCAUGCCGCCUAUCUCCACAGUAUAUGCUCAAAUAGAGCUAAUUAUACUGCUAACAGCACCUUCGGAGCUAAUCUCAACCAGGUCCUUUCCGUUCUAAGUUCCAACGCUCGCUUCUCCACGUACUUCUACGAUGACAAGGGCGACGAUCCUGCAAUCGCCUAUGGUCUUUUCGUCUGCAGAGGGGACAUCACUACUGACCUCUGCAGCACCUGCGUCAACCAGGCCAGUAAAGAAAUCAAACAGAAGUGCCACAUGACGACCGAAGCAUUCAUAUGGUAUGAUUGCGGUAUGUUGCGUUACUCAGACCGUAGAUUCAGAUCUGUAUAUAAUCCCGCAUAUAAUUCCAUAGAGCUUUUGACAUCGAAUGUGGUGAAUGCGUCGGAUCCUCAACAGUUUAACGCGACAUUGAACCGUCUGAUGAAGAAUAUUUCUUUUGUGGCUGCGUUCGAUCCUUUAGUUCAGAAAUUUGCAAUCGGAAAAGCUAAUUCUACGAUCAAUCAGACAAUAUAUGGGCUUGUGCAGUGCACCCAGGAUUUAACUAAUGAAAACUGCAACGCAUGCCUGCAAGAUGCUAUUUCUAUAAUUCCGAAGUGCUGUGAUGGAAAGAUAGGGGGGCGAAUUCUCGGUGCAAAUUGUAUUUUGAUGUUCGACGUCAACCGCCUUUAUUAUGAAUCUUCAGCUGCCCCUACUGCUGAGAAACGCAGGAAGCGAUCAAUGACUCUGAUCAUCGCUAUUGUAGCAACAGUUUCAGGGUUGGCUCUCUUUGGUUCUUGUAUCUACUUCUACAGUCGGGCGGGUAAGAAAUUACACAAAGUGGAAGAGAAAAGCCAGCAAAGUUUGUUACAUGGUUUGGGUUCUCCAGUCAAUCCAAAGUUCUUGCAUGCAAGUAUGGAAGGACAUGAUGAAGUGCAUACUCAAGAACUUCCCAUGAUCGACUUACCUACAAUACAAGCAGCUACAAAUGACUUCUCGGAGGGAAAGAAACUUGGACAAGGUGGAUUUGGCCCUGUCUACAAGGGUUUGCUUCCUGAUGGGACGGAAAUAGCAGUUAAGAGGCUUUCGAGGAGUUCAGGGCAAGGCCUAGAGGAGUUAAAGAAUGAAGUUACCUUGAUUGCCAAACUACAGCACAGGAAUCUAGUGAGGCUCUUAUAUUGUUGUAUAGAGAGAGGAGAAAAGCUGCUCGUCUAUGAAUACAUGCCUAACACUAGCCUUGACGUCUUUCUCUUUGAUCCAAUCAAGCGAAUAGAAUUAAACUGGGAAAGACGCCAUACCGUUGUUGGUGGAAUUGCACGGGGCCUUCUUUAUCUCCAUGAGGACUCAAGACUCAAAAUCAUUCACAGGGAUAUGAAAGCUAGCAAUGUUCUUCUGGACAAUGAGAUGAACCCAAAGAUAUCUGACUUUGGAAUGGCCAGGAUUUUCAGUGGAAAUCAAAGCGAGGUCAAUACCAAUAGAGUGGUUGGAACAUAUGGAUACAUGGCGCCAGAGUAUGCAAUGGGAGGGCUAUUUUCUGUGAAGUCUGAUGUGUAUAGCUUUGGAGUUCUACUGCUAGAGAUUGUCAGCGGAAAAAGAAACAGCAGUCUUAAUCUCCCUGAACAUGCUCAGAGUCUCCUCACUUAUACAUGGAGAUUAUGGUGUGAUGGAAGAGCUAUGGAGAUAGUUGAUCCUUUUUUAGUGGAGAAAUGCCCAAAAAAUGAAGUGUUCAGAUGGAUCCACAUCGGACUAUUAUGUAUUCAAGAAGAUGCAGCAGAUAGGCCCACCAUGUCGACGGUUGUUGUCAUGCUAGGAAGUGAAUCUGUGAAUCUUCCGCAGCCUACACAACCAGGAUUUUUCGUGGCGAGGGCAAUGGCUGGAUCAGAUAAAUCUUCAGCUAGUGCUAUAAUCAGCUCUACCAAUCAGAUUACUAUCUCUACUACUGAAGCCAGGUGAGUGAGACAACCUAGCACUCAACCUGAUGCUCGAACGAGUGAUGGUUCAAUUACAGCUUAUGAAAAGUCUAAUGUUCGCAAAGACACAAUGUCCAUAUACAAUUUCAUUUCUAGCUCGGGGCUUGACGAGCCCGCAGGAUUCAGUAAUUUGGUUGCUUGAAGCCAAUGUGUUAGUUUUGAGUUUAUUCUCUGUGUUAAUGCAUACAUGUACUUCUGUCGUCCAUUGGGACACCAU